GACCACCGACUAUUUCUGAAUCUCACGCAAUUCCCUUUCAAUACCCUUCUUGCGGUCCCUCCUUGGCCGCUGCCAGGUUCUGAUAGGCAUGAUCACCCUAGAACUCCUGGUGUGGCUGCUCAUCGUCCUUCUCACCGGCUACAUUACAUACCAAGCUUGGCUUCAUCCACUUGCCCCCUAUCCGGGCCCAUUCGUCGCCAAAUUGACCAACCUCUACUCGGUUGUGCACGCCAUACGCGGUGACCGCCACGAUGAUCUUUACCGUCUACAUCAGCGCUACGGGCCUAUUGUGCGGAUCGGCCCGCAGCGCCUAUCCAUUCUCGACGCGAAGGCAUUGGAGUGUAUCUAUGGCUUCCAAGCUAAUGUUCAAAAGUCCCAGUAUUACGAUGUCUUCUACAGCGUGAAUAUAUUCAGCGCAAUUAACCGCAGCGUGCAUUCCCGCAAGCGUCGCGUCAUGUCUCAGGCCUUUUCCAAUCAGGCACUGCGUGGCAUGGAGCCUCACAUACUAUCAGCUAUCAAAGACUGGUGCGCUGCUCUAGGUGAUAAACAUCCUGAUGAACAGGCGCAAGUGCCAUCUUCCAGUCCUGGCGCCUGGUCGCAGCCCAAGGAUAUGGUGCACUGGAGCUCCUGCGUCGUAUUCGAUGCCUUGGGGGAGAUCUGCUUUGGGAAGACAUUCAACACCUCCCUAAGCGACACCAACCACUUUUUCUUCCCGAUGAUGGCCUUGAACGUCCGAAUCAUGAACAUCUGCGGGCAGAUGCCCAUCUUGCGUCAUCUAGGGUUUGAGAAGUACCUUCGCAGCGGCAGCGUCGCGGACCGCAAGCGACAGAUCGGCUUUUCCCAGAAACAGCUGCGGAGUCGGCUAGCGGCUGAGCCCACCCAGCGGCGAGAUAUUAUCUACUACCUGCGGCGGGCACGCGAUCCGGAGACCAAGCAGGGCUAUUCAGAAACAGAACUGAUGUCAGAGGUUAUCAUGUUGCUGGGAGCUGGUAACGACACAACCAAUUCCGCUUUGACUGCCACCUUUUACUUCCUCGCCCAUCAUCCAGCUAUUCUCGCCCGCCUGAGCGCGGAAAUCCGUGCCGGAUUCUCUACACCAGAUGCGAUUGUUGCCGGUCCCCAAUUGGCGCAGAUAGCCUACCUCCGCGCCUGCAUUGACGAAAGUAUGCGCCUAUGUCCGCCGGUUCCCACGGACCUGCCUCGGAAAGUCCUCUCGGGUGGACUCCAGGUUGGAAAGUGGCAUUUUCCGGCUGGCACGGUGGUCGCGGUUCCUACGUAUGCCUUGCAUCACAGCAAAGAGUACUUUGAUUGUCCAUUCGUGUAUGAUCCGAGUCGGUGGCUGUUGCGCGGCAGCGACGGCACUCGGGACGGUGAGGGCGUCAGUGCCGAAGUGCUAAGUCGGCAGCGACAGGCGUUUGUGCCGUUCAGUCUAGGCCCGCGGGGGUGCAUUGCGCGGAAUGUGGCUAUGCUGGAAUUGGAGGUGAGUAUCGCCCGUGUGUUGUGGUCGUAUGAUAUGCGACUGGCGCCGGGGACGGAGCGACUGGGCGUUGGCCGCGAAGGAGAGUAUAAGAUAGAGGAUAACUUCGCCGUCGGAAAGGAGGGCCCCGUGCUGCAAUUUCGGACCCGUCAGAAAUAGGUUUUCCCUGGAGCUCUCACAAAAGGAUAUCCAUGCACCCAGCCCUAUCAAGCGUCCCAUGUUCUGCCGAGCUCGGGGCAG